GCAUGAAUCAAUAACUCACAUCCAUCUCCAUGUACAGAACCCCACUCGCCCCACUCUUUCUCCUUCUGUUUUCGGGCAAAGUGACCCUCAAACAGAACCGUUUGGGAUAAGAUCAUAAAGCCUAUUCUUGACCAAGUUGACGAAGCAACAGUAAGCAUUUGUCAAGCAAUUGGUCAGCAAUGACGGGCAAUUCGCCAUUCUUGCGUCGGUUGAGCGGUACGCCAGCGAUGACUUUAUAAACCUUCGCGUUUUGGGGCUUAUUUCUCAUCUCACAAUCCCUCUCCACAACCACUUCUCCUCUUAGAUUCUCAUCAAUGACUUUCGCCCAGGACUUGCCUUCUUCCCGAGUUAGAGGUUAUUCGAACGCUUCUCGUCAAACAAACAGCACCAGCCAGCAUGCCAACACCGUAGCACGAGUCAAUGGACACACUACUGGCGCGCACACAAACAAUCUUCACAAACUUUACAAAGCCCCACAUCUGGUCGACGGGUUCGGCACGAAAGCGAUUCAUGUAGGGUCCGAGCCAAAUCCAGUAACAGGCGCUGUCAUACCUCCCAUCAGUCUAAGCACCACCUACGCGCAGGACGGCGUCGGAAACCACAAGGGCUAUGAAUACUCGCGGUCAGGAAACCCUAACCGAAACGCUUUCGAAAAAACCAUUGCAGCUCUCGAGGGUGGAGGAUCCGACGCCAUCGCGUUUGCUUCGGGUGUCGCAACAAUCGCCAUUGCAAUUCAAUCACUCGGACCAGGAGCUCAUGUUAUUUCCGUUAAUGAUGUUUACGGAGGAACAUUCCGAUAUAUUACACGGGUAGCCUCGAUGACACAAGGUGUCGAAGCUACGUUCCUUGAUCUCGGGGACAUUUCCGCUGGCAGCGAAGGCGAACACAAUCUUAUCCAAGCCCUUCGACCUAAUACCAAACUCAUCUGGCUUGAGUCACCUACCAAUCCCACUCUUCGAGUGAUAGACAUUGCCAGGCUCUCACAACUAUUAGACCAACAAUUCCCACCCCACUCCCCAAAUGCUUCCUUGAGACCUUUGAUUCUCGUCGAUAACACCUUCGCAUCACCCUUUUUCUCCUCUCCCCUCCUCCUUGGUGCCGAUAUCGUUCUUCACUCACUCACGAAAUACGUCAAUGGACAUUCAGACGUUGUUAUGGGUGCUCUCAUAUUACCCGCCCGACACGCUGCUAUCACCGAACGCCUUCGUUUCCUCCAAAACGCCUCCGGAGCUGUUCCUUCGGCCUACGACUGUUGGUUAGCUCAACGUGGAGCUAAAACCCUCCAUGUCCGGAUGAAGCAACACGGUGUGAACGCUCUUCGGAUAGCUAGGGCUCUUCAGCAAGAACCUGACGUUGAGGAGGUUCUAUACCCUGGUCUGAGCAAAGACCGUUCGGCGACUGCUUGGAAGAAUCUCAGUCCUCAUGCUAGGAAGUGGAUUGAGACUGAGAAGCUUUUGGGAGACGAUGGAGCUUUCCCGUUCUCCGGCAUGAUCUCGUUCCAACUUAGGAAGCCAUCACCGAACGCCAGCUACGAUGAGCAUGCUGCUUUGUCUUCUCAAUUCUUGAAGAACCUCAGACUGUUCACGUUGGCGGAGAGUUUGGGCGGUGUUGAGAGUCUUGCGGAGGCACCGGCGAGGAUGACACAUGCUGGUAUUCCUGCCCAUAAACGGGAGAUUUUGGGUAUUGGUGAGGGGCUUAUCAGGUUAAGCAUUGGUAUCGAGGAUGCAGAUGAUCUGCUAGAUGACCUUAGGGAUGGGCUACAAAGUGUUUACAAUUAAUUGGCUAUUCGUUUUUAGAUGCAUUACAAUCUUGUCCUUGUUAUAGACCCAUAUCGAUAUGUUUUCGUAGUUUCGUAGCAUAUGUAAUUGUACCUAAGUAGUUUAUGAUUCUUCACAGAAUCGGUGUAUUGUAGACUUUUCAUUUGUGGUAAUUAGUUGCAAUUGAUACCAGACUGAUACUCUCCAUCUUGGC